AUGGCUGCCAAUCACCACCCUUCUCCCCAAAAUCACCAAAACAACGAUGAAACGACAGAAUCACGUGACUCGUGGGCGCGAAUUGUGGCAAGAAAUUGCAGGCCGGCUUCAGGAUUAAAGCUGGAUUUUUACCCUCAACAAUUUUCUUCGAAAGAGAUUGAAAUUGAUGAAAGUGAGUGGAGCUCUGGGAUUCAAGAAUGGCAACACUGUUUGGUGGGUUUCGUAUAUGGGUCUAAGCCAUACCUCUCCAGCAUCCAACGGUAUGUAAGCAAUAAUUGGGGCAAUGAAUCUGUGGUCACUACACGUUUGGUUGAUAAUGGGAAGCCAAUUUGCACUGAUGGCAUUACGACUACACAGGGGAGAUUGAGUUAUGCUCGAAUUUAUGUGGAAAUUGAUCCAUCUACAGAGCUGAUAGAUAAAGUUACCCUUAAAGGACCAGGUGGUAUCCAAUUUGAACAGAAGAUUGAAUAUGAAUGGGUUCCCUCAAAGUGCACAAAUUGUGUUUGUUUUGGCCAUUCUACGGAGAAAUGCAAUAUCCCUCUAACACCAAAAUGGAUUCCCAAACAAAGCACCAUCCAAGAUAGUGAUGUAACCACUGCACUUGUCUCUAAAAUGUCAGAAAGUCAACCAAAGCCUCCUACUCAUCAUCAAUCGGUGGAAAAGCAAGCUACUCUAUCAAAUGGGCAAAAUGAUCAUAAGCAAAAGAGGGUGGAUACUGAUGCUCUUGUCUUGGAAAAAGCUGCUCAGAAGCUGCCAAUGAUAAACCAGGAAACUCAAUGGCAUGAUGUACAGAACAAAAAGACAUCUCAAACAAAUGCUCAAAAAGCAAGCACAUCAGGCUCAAAACAACCUGUUUCCUCUGCUCCAACUAAUAGACUUGAGCAAACCAUGGUAUUAGCCAACGAGAAGGAUGCUGACGAAGUUAUUGGGCCUAAUCCUUUCAGUCCAUUAAUGGAAGAAAAGCAGCCUCCCCCCACCAACAAGGGAUUGAGAAACACAAGGGGUAGACCUAAGGCGAAGGGAGACCAUUCCCCUGGUAUUAUAGAAAUUCUGCCUAUUUCAGCUACACACCCUCCAUUUAGAUUCUGUAACUUUUGGACAUCAGAAGAGGACUUUCUCCCUACAGUUGCUGCUGCAUGGUCCCUAAAUCCCCAUCCAAGAGAUCUGUUUGAUCUUCAGAAGAACAUUAAAAGCUUGAAAAGUGUGCUCAAAGGUACCUCAGAUAGCAGGAAAGCGUCUAUUGCUUGGCAUGAUGUGUGUAGACCUGUAAAUUGUGGAGGUCUUGGCCUUAGGGACUCCCUCACAAUGAAUAAGGCGUUGCUACUUAGAUUAAUAUGGGACAUUCAUUUGAAUGCGGAAAGCUCUUGGGUUAAAUGGAUACAUGAAUACUACAUCAAGGAAGACUCCUUUUGGAACCUUGAAGUGAAACAAUCCACGUCUUGGCCGAUGAAAAAGCUUUUCAAACUUCGGGUGGCUGCGCUCCAAUGUGUUAGCACUAACAACCAUAAACUUGAAUGGAUUGGAGUUGGACAACCAUUCACGGUGGAAGAAGCUUAUCAGACUUUGUUUCAACACUUUCCCAGGAAUCAGCAGUAUAUUUUAUGUUGGGGUAAGUACAUUGUUCCAAAACAUGGGUUCAUUACCUGGUUAGCUUGUUUGGACAGACUAAAGACUAGGAAAAAAAUUGCCAAAUAUGACUCCUCCAUUGAGACCAGCUGUCCAUUAUGCAUGUUGGAAGAAGAAACCACAGAUCACCUUUUCUUUGAACGUCUCUUCUCCAUUCAAAUCAUAACAAAAGCCUUGGCCGUGGUGAACUCUUGCACUCCAUCUUUCUCCUGGCCACAUUUCAGAGACAACCUACUGCAGACACAUGGGUCAAACAGUGCGCGAGAGAUUACACGAGGUGUAGUUGCAUCUGCCAUAUACAGCAUUUGGGAGGCUAGAAACCAUGCUAUAUUUUUCAACCACCUACCCUCAGAACAUGAAGUAAUGAUGGCUAUUUCUUUCUAUCUGAAGAUGCAGCUCUAA